UUGAGGUUAUGAAUUGGAUUCUGGUUCUGGAUUGAAAUUUGAUAGUCACAAAGAUCUCAUAAACUCAAUCUGUUGCAGUUUUAGAUGAUUUCAUUUCUCAUCAUCUAUAAAGUUACGGUUUUGCCUGCCAUAUACCUGUAAUUUAGUUGUCUUAAACUUUUCAUCUUAUUAUAUAGAAAGUGAAUUCUUUCUAUUCUAAGAAUGGAUUCUUUUUAUUCUCAAAGAAAUAGAAUGUGUUGAAUUCCUUAUUUCCAUUAUUUUUCUAUUCAUUAAUGAUGGCUUUGAGGAGGAAUAGAAUAAAGGGGAUAGUUGCUAAUGUUUGUAAUCAGCGAAGAAAAAAUGUGAAUGAUAUAAAUAUCAAAUCAGAAAUUUUUGAAACUAGUGAAGCUCAAGAUGUUACCCGGGACCCAAUAAAAAAGGGAGAUCAAGAUAAAAUAAUUAGCCCUGAUGAAAAAUGUCAGAGUGAAAGUAGUAGUGAUAAAAAUCUUGAAUCUGCACCAAACUUAAGCAUUGAAAGGGUAGAAAAUUUCGAUGAAGCCUCUAGUCAAAGAAACAUAAUCAAAAUCCCAGAAUCAAUAAAUGUUUCAUACAAGUGUGAAGAUUCAGAUGGUAAUAAGCAUCAAGAAGAUAAUCAAAGAGAGUAUCCUAAAGAAAACAGAGUGUGUGACGAGAAUGUCAGUACUGACGAAUCAUCUCAAACGAAUGGAAAACAAAAAGUGUCUUUUAGUACUGUUUCUGGGGAAAGUGUGUACACUUUGGAUGAGACAGUUUUACUACCGAUAAGUAAUUCUUUUUCCCAUUUGGAAGGUGCAAAAGCAUCAGGAAAAGAGAAACCGUCAGACAAACCUAUCCAACUUGUGAGCAAUACAGUAAAUUCUGAUACAGAAUAUCCUCCUCCACUAAGCCCUAGUAAGAUAAAUCGAACAAGAAUUAAGGCCGUACCUAGAUUUGGCAAACGUAAAGCAAGUUACAGUGCCAGUGAAUCUGAAGAUGAAAGUAGGAAACACAGGAUUAGAAAUGAUUCGGUUUGUUCUUCCACUUCAGUAGUCGCUGAUUCUGUAGGAGAAUGCAUGUCUCCUCAAAGACAGAAGGAAGUAACAGCGAGUACAGUUUCAAAGAAAUGUAACAGGUCUGAACAAACUAGAAAGCUGGCAGAGGCACGGAGAGAAUUCCAACGACGUUUUGGAACGAAUGUACCAGACAGAAAAAAGCUCAGAAUGAUGGAUCUCAUAUUUUACAAUCCAGUAUCCAAUCGCAUUGUAAACGAGAAGAAAUCAGAAGAGGAAAAUACAAAAAUAGAGGACAAAACCCCAAAUGAUCCUACUGACGAGGAUGUGAUAGUUGAGGACACUAGAGUACAGAAAGACUCGGAAAAAAGUGACGAUGAAGAUGCAAUACCAGUACCCCAAAUUAAAAUUGGACCGUCAGGAGAAAUUGUUUUGGAUGAAAAGAGCCUGGUAAUUGAGAAUAAGGAAGUAAAGCGACAAAAGGAGGAAAUGCAGAAAACUAAAAUUCUUGAUGGAGACUUAGACUAUGGCUAUGGUAUUUAUAAAAAACAUAAAAGGUCAAAAAAUUGGACCCAUGAAGAAACAGUUCGGUUUUAUAAGGCCCUCAACAUCAUUGGUACUGAUUUUACUUUGAUGUGUGAACUUUUUCCAAACAGAAGUAGACGGGAACUCAAAAUGAAAUUUAAAAAAGAGGAACGAACAAAUAAGAUGUUGCUUAACAGGGCUGUGAUGCAACCAUGCAGUUUUGAGUUUGAUGAAUUGAAGAAUGAAGCAGCAACGGAAGAAAGGCAAUUGGAAGAGAUGAAAAAACUAAGAGAGGAUGCAAAAAAACGAAGAGCGGAAGAGUCUAAGCUAAAACAGGAAGAAUUGGCAGAAAAAGCUAAGAAGAGAAAAGCUGUACCAACUGAAAACCUAAGGAUUAUCAAACUUCCCAAAACCAAACAGAAGAAGAAAAAAAAAUCCAAGAAAGUUGAAUUGGAUAUUGAUGCUUAUGUUAAUGAAAAUGAUGCAGACGAAUCAGAUAUUGGUCCUAGAAGUGAAUCAGAUGAAGAAAUUGUGAUACCCCAGGGACCAACUAGAUCCGGAAGAAUGCCUAAAGUUACCAAAAAGUACGAAAACGAACUCUGCACCAUUGAAAACCUCAUGCUGAAAAACAAAGUACCUGAUAACAUAAAACCCACUGACGUAGAACCUGGCUCGAUAAUGAUCAUUAACGAAAUGGGACCAAACGGAGAGCCUAUUUAUAAGAUUUUUAUGGUCACCCCUGAUCACACUGCCACACCGUUGAAUAUAUCUUCGGAUAAAGUAACCGAAGCAAUCCAGUUAAAAAAAGGAAUGUCUGCGCAGAAUAUUGUGACCAUAUCAGAGAAUGUUACAGAUGAUGAGGUGGAAAUUCCACUUGAAAACAACCUCACAAUUCCAGCAGACGGGACCAUAACAAAUCUGAAAACUAAACUCUUGAAAGGGGAAAGCGUUUCACUCACAUCUGAAAAUGAACUCGUUCAAGUGAAUAAAGACAUUAUUUCAGAAUACGAAAGUGACUCUUCUGUUCCUCCAGGGGGAACAAGAACAACUUCAGAGAAUGUUAGUUGUACUCGUAAUUAUGUGGUAAUGAAUAGUGAGAAUUAGUAAUUAUUUAUUAUUUUUGUGAUAGCUGAGAUUGAAUAUUUUCCGGUGUACAGAAAACUCAUUAAAUAUGAGUAAGUAUUUU